GGCGUCCCGGGCCGGUUCCCUUUAACUUUCUUCUUUCCCGGGGUGAAAACUUUGCUCGGAGCUGGCGGCAGCUCGCGGACGUUAUUGGCCGGCGCCCCGCCCGGCGGCCCCGCCCCCCGCCCCCGCGCUCCCCUCCGCCCCUCACUCCCAGCGCGAGUGGCGGCGGCGGCGGCGGAGCCUUCGGGGGCGAGCGCGCGUGUGUGUGAGUGCGCGCCGGCCAGCGCGCCUUCUGCGGCAGGCGGACAGAUCCUCGGCGCGGCAGGGCCGGGGCAAGCUGGACGCAGCAUGAUGCGCGCAGUGUGGGAGGCGCUGGCGGCGCUGGCGGCGGUGGCGUGCCUGGUGGGCGCGGUGCGCGGCGGGCCCGGGCUCAGCAUGUUCGCGGGCCAGGCGGCGCAGCCCGACCCCUGCUCGGACGAGAACGGCCACCCGCGCCGCUGCAUCCCGGACUUUGUCAAUGCGGCCUUCGGCAAGGACGUGCGCGUGUCCAGCACCUGCGGCCGGCCCCCGGCGCGCUACUGCGUGGUGAGCGAGCGCGGCGAGGAGCGGCUGCGCUCGUGCCACCUCUGCAACGCGUCCGACCCCAAGAAGGCGCACCCGCCCGCCUUCCUCACCGACCUCAACAACCCGCACAACCUGACGUGCUGGCAGUCCGAGAACUACCUGCAGUUCCCGCACAACGUCACGCUCACACUGUCCCUCGGCAAGAAGUUCGAAGUGACGUACGUGAGCCUGCAGUUCUGCUCGCCGCGGCCCGAGUCCAUGGCCAUCUACAAGUCCAUGGACUACGGGCGCACGUGGGUGCCCUUCCAGUUCUACUCCACGCAGUGCCGCAAGAUGUACAACCGGCCGCACCGCGCGCCCAUCACCAAGCAGAACGAGCAGGAGGCCGUGUGCACCGACUCGCACACCGACAUGCGUCCGCUCUCGGGCGGCCUCAUCGCCUUCAGCACGCUGGACGGGCGGCCCUCGGCGCACGACUUCGACAACUCGCCCGUGCUGCAGGACUGGGUCACGGCCACAGACAUCCGCGUGGCCUUCAGCCGCCUGCACACGUUCGGCGACGAGAACGAGGACGACUCGGAGCUGGCGCGCGACUCGUACUUCUACGCGGUGUCCGACCUGCAGGUGGGCGGUCGGUGCAAGUGCAACGGCCACGCGGCCCGCUGCGUGCGCGACCGCGACGACAGCCUGGUGUGCGACUGCAGGCACAACACGGCCGGCCCGGAGUGCGACCGCUGCAAGCCCUUCCACUACGACCGGCCCUGGCAGCGCGCCACGGCCCGCGAAGCCAACGAGUGCGUGGCCUGUAACUGCAACCUGCAUGCCCGGCGCUGCCGCUUCAACAUGGAGCUCUACAAGCUUUCGGGGCGCAAGAGCGGAGGUGUCUGCCUCAACUGUCGCCACAACACCGCCGGCCGCCACUGCCACUACUGCAAGGAGGGCUACUACCGCGACAUGGGCAAGCCCAUCACCCACCGGAAGGCCUGCAAAGCCUGUGAUUGCCACCCUGUGGGUGCUGCUGGCAAAACCUGCAACCAAACCACCGGCCAGUGUCCCUGCAAGGACGGCGUGACGGGUAUCACCUGCAACCGCUGCGCCAAAGGCUACCAGCAGAGCCGCUCUCCCAUCGCCCCCUGCAUAAAGAUCCCUGUAGCGCCGCCGACGACUGCAGCCAGCAGCGUGGAGGAGCCUGAAGACUGCGAUUCCUACUGCAAGGCCUCCAAGGGGAAGCUGAAGAUUAACAUGAAAAAGUACUGCAAGAAGGACUAUGCCGUCCAGAUCCACAUCCUGAAGGCGGACAAGGCGGGGGACUGGUGGAAGUUCACGGUGAACAUCAUCUCCGUGUAUAAGCAGGGCACGAGCCGCAUCCGCCGCGGUGACCAGAGCCUGUGGAUCCGCUCGCGGGACAUCGCCUGCAAGUGUCCCAAAAUCAAGCCCCUCAAGAAGUACCUGCUGCUGGGCAACGCGGAGGAUUCUCCGGACCAGAGCGGCAUCGUGGCCGAUAAAAGCAGCCUGGUGAUCCAGUGGCGGGACACGUGGGCGCGGCGGCUGCGCAAGUUCCAGCAGCGUGAGAAGAAGGGCAAGUGCAAGAAGGCCUAG